GUGUCACACAACAUGGGAAUAUUCAAAAUUUCAAAUAAGUUUUGCCCUUAGCUGAUUGCUGCUACGCAACAGUACUCACACCAGCUACAGCAGACUUGUUAGCCUACUGACCAUCGAUCUAUCAUGACCACCACCACCACCACCACCAAGCAACCGCCACACGUCCUAGUGUUUCCCUAUCCAGCUCAAGGCCACACCCUCCCUCUUCUAGACCUGACACACCAACUCUCUCUUCAUAACCUAACAAUCACCAUCUUGACCACACCCAAAAACCUCCCUAUGGUUUCUCCUCUGCUUUCCACUCACCCACAAAUCCAGACCUUAGUCCUUCCCUUCCCAUCUCACCCUUUAAUCCCUGCAGGUGUUGAAAAUGCCAAAGAGCUUGGUAAUUCUGGAAACGUGGCCAUUAUUGCAGCAUCUACCAAGCUCUCUGACCCCAUUACCCUGUGGUUCAAGUCUCACACUAAUCCUCCGGUCGCUAUCAUCUCUGAUUUCUUUCUUGGCUGGACCCAACAUCUGGCCCAACACUUAAACAUACGAGGUUUUGCUUUUUAUCCAUCUGCGGCGUUUUUUGCUGGUAUUUUAAAUUAUUGUUGGGGUAAUCUGGAGAGUGUAAAGGGUUUGGACGUUGUUGAUUUUGUUGAUUUGCCUAGAUCACCGUCUUUUAAAGAGGAGCAUCUGCCUUCUCUGUUCCGUAGGUACAGGGAAUCCGACCCGGAUUGUCAGCUUGUCAAGGACAGCUUGAUUGCAAAUAAGUUGAGUUAUGGAUUUAUUUUUAAUAGUUUCGAGUCUUUGGAGGGUGAGUAUUUGGGUUUUUUGAAGAGAGAAUUCGGGCAUGAGAGGGUUUAUGCGGUUGGCCCUAUUAAUUUGUUGGGUCCGGAAAGCACCGAUCGGGGCAACCCGGUAACGGAUUUUUCUGGUAAUGUGUUCAAGUGGCUAGAUGGGUGUCCAGAUGGGUCGGUGCUAUAUGUUUGUUUCGGGAGUCAAAAGCUGUUGAACAAGAAACAAAUGGAGGCAUUGGCUGAUGGGCUCGAAAAGAGUAUGGUCCGUUUCAUUUGGGUCGUGAAAACAGGCACGGCCCAACAAGUUGAAGAAGGGUACGGGGUAGUACCCGAUGGGUUCGACGAACGGUUGGCGGGUCGGGGUCUGGUCAUAAGAGGAUGGGCCCCACAGGUUAAGAUACUGAGUCACAGAGCGGUUGGUUGGUUCUUGAGUCAUUGUGGGUGGAACUCGACGCUAGAAGGGAUAGUAGCUGGUGCGAUGAUAUUGGCCUGGCCCAUGGAAGCUGACCAGUUCAUUGAUGCUAGACUGUUGGUGGAGGAAUUGGGAGCGGGAGUGGGGGCCUGUGAAGGGACAGCCACAGUGCCUGACUCGGAGGAGUUGGCAAAAGUCAUAGGCGAGUCAAUGGGUGAAAAAGGUGCGGGUGUGAAGAUGAAGGCUAUGGAGCUGAGAAGGAAGGCAUUGGAGGCCGUGAAAGAGGGUGGGAGCUCCUUGAAUGACUUGAACGGGCUCAUCGAGGAAUUGUGCAAAUUAAAAAUCCAAUAAAGAGGGGCGGUGGAAUUAUUGCAUUGACUAUUCCAUGUAAGCUUUCUCCAAGCUCGGAGGCCACGCCUGGGAUCCACAAGAUUAGCAUUUGCCUUUUGGGGUUGUCAAGGUAGAUUGGAAAAUAAAAAAAUGUUUUAUAUUAAUAAAGUUUCUAGAUA